ACAAAUGCAUGCAAAUCCUCAAAACGAAAGCUGAGGAUUUUUUGGCCUACGCAUGUCGAGUCAAUCGGGCAUGUGUUGAUUUUGAGCUGAACCGCAUGGGUGAAGAACAGCUCAAGUGUCUGAUUUUUGUAUGUGGGCUGAAAGAAGACACGGAUAGAGAUUUUCGGGUAAAGCUGCUCUCGCGUAUCGAGGAACAUGCUGAAAUCACCCUCGAGCAAUUAUCGGCGGAGUGUAGUCGUCUGGUGGCAUUAGAGAAGCAAAAUGCGAUGAUCAUUGGAGAAAAAGAGGAGCGAGUGUUGGCAAUUCAAAAUGGCGCGCGCCGUAGCCAUCAUGGGUUUCGCGGCAAAGGAUUGCGCUCGCGUCCCAUACAUCGUGAUGACCGGUCGGGAAAACCAAGUAACCCUUGUUGGUUCUGUGGAGCUUUGCAUUGGGUGAAGGAUUGUCCGCAUACUAACCAUAAGUGUCGUGAAUGCGGUGAAGUUGGUCAUCUGGAGGAACGCUGCCGCAAGCAGAAGCAUCGGGCUGGCCGAAAGUUUUAUCGCCCAACGCGAUUUGCUAAAACCGUCACGGUGUGCAGCGUACGGGCUAGUCGCAAGUUUGUGGAAGUUUCCAUCAAUGGAGUUGGCAUCCGGUUGCAGCUAGAUACGGGUUCAGAUAUAUCGGUCAUAGGUCGUUCAGCGUGGGAGAAAGUAGGGAAGCCGUCAUUGGUGCAGCCUACCGUUUGCGCAAAGACUGCCUCUAAUGAGAGGCUGGAGCUACUUGGCGAGUUUAGAGCAGAGGUUGCCAUUUGUAAUGCUACCAAGCCGGCGAUCAUCCGUGUGGCUCAAGUCGAUUUAUUGUUACUGGGAGCAGACUUGAUUGACCUUUUUGCUCUUAGCUCCGUUCCAAUGGAUGUGUUUUGCGCCAAAGUUUCGACGACCGCACAGAUUCCCAAGGAAUUGCAGAGCCGUUUUCCGGAAGUUUUUCGUGGCACAGGGCUUUGCACGAAAGCGCAGAUCAAGCUGCAGCUUAAGGAUAAUUGCCGUCCGGUGUUCCGCCCGAAGCGACCGGUUGCAUACGCAAUGCAGGCUACAGUAGAGGAAGAGCUCGAUCGCCUGGUCCAGAUGAAUGUGAUCACACCUGUUGAUUACUCGGAAUGGGCGACACCAAUAGUCGUCGUACGCAAAAGCAGUGGAGCUAUUCGAAUCUGCGGCGAUUAUUCGACGGGGUUGAACGAUGCGUUGCGUCCGCAUGAAUAUCCGUUACCGCUCCCCGAUGAUAUUUUUGCAAGAUUGGCCCAUUGCAAAUUUUUUAGCAAAGUGGAUUUGUCAGACGCAUUUUUGCAAGUUGAGAUUGAAGAGCGUUACAGGCCCCUUUUAACGAUCAACACGCAUCGAGGUCUUUACCUUUACAAUCGUCUGCCUCCUGGAUUAAAGGUUGCGUCAGCCGCGUUCCAGCAGAUAAUGGAUGCGAUGCUCGCCGGAUUGUGUUACACUUCUGGCUAUCUGGACGACGUUGUUGUCGGGGGAAGAACUGAAGAAGAGCACGAUGAAAAUCUCAACAAGGUGCUUCAGCGUAUUAAAGAAUUUGGGUUUACUAUCAAAGCUGAGAAGUGUGCUUUUAAGACGCAUCAGAUAGAGUACCUCGGGCACAUAAUUGAUCGUACUGGCCUUAGACCAAAUCCAAAGAAAAUUGAUGCUAUUGUAAACCUACCAGCUCCAUCAAAUGUGAAUGAAGUCCGCUCGUUUUUGGGUGCCAUUAAUUACUACGGAAAAUUUGUGCCUAAUAUGCGGAAUUUGAGAUACCCCCUGGAUAACUUGUUGAAAGAUGGCAAUCAGUUUGUAUGGACGAAGCAGUGCGGAGAGGCCUUCAGAAAGUUCAAGGAAAUAUUAAAGUCUGAUCUGCUUCUGACACAUUAUGACCCUACGGCUGAAAUCAUAGUAGCCGCAGACGCCUCAUCGGUUGGGCUCGGAGCCACCAUUAGCCACAAGUUUCCGGAUGGAUCAAUAAAGGUGGUGCAGCACGCGUCACGGGCUCUAACGAAAGCAGAAGAGGGGUACAGCCAGAUUGACCGCGAAGGACUGGCUAUCAUCUUUGCAGUAACCCGAUUCCACAAGAUGCUUUAUGGCAGGCAUUUCCGCCUCCAAACCGACCACAAGCCAUUGCUGCGCAUCUUUGGAUCAAAAAAGGGAAUUCCUGUGUAUACUGCCAACCGGCUGCAGCGGUUCGCUCUAGCGCUGCAGCUAUACGACUUCGAAAUCGAGUACAUACCCACGGAUAAAUUCGGCAAUGCAGACCUGCUGUCGCGGCUCAUCAGCAAGCACGCGAAACCGGAGCAGGAGUACAUGAUCGCGAGUAUUGAGCUUGAGGAGGCUGUAAAUCACGUAGCCAUACAUUCGCUAAAAGUCUUUCCGAUUCAUUUUGAAGAGGUUGCAGCAGCUACGAAAAAGGACCCUCUACUGCGCGAAGUGUACCGCUACGUCCAAUCGGGUUGGCCAGGUAAGGUCAGUUAUGGUGCGGAAUUGGCCCAAUUCCACAACAGAAGGGAAGCACUGACGACCGUUGGCGACUGUAUCCUCUUCGGAGAGAGGAUUGUGAUUCCCGCAGCUUUGCAGCAGAGAUGCCUUAGACAGCUUCAUCAAGGGCAUCCGGGCAUCCAGCGAAUGAAGGCGAUUGCACGCAGUUUCGUGUAUUGGCCAUCAUUGGACAGCGACAUCGCCGAUCGAGUUGCUUCAUGCGAAGCAUGCCAGGCUGCGGCGAAAUCACCACCAUCCCAGAUACCAUCAUGUUGGCCGAAGCCACCUGGGCCUUGGCACCGCGUACACAUCGAUUACGCUGGACCUGUGGAGGGAGCCUAUUUCCUGAUUGCGGUAGAUGCCUACUCCAAGUGGCCGGAAAUCAUUAAAACUGCAAGUAUUACCUCAUUCGCUACAAUAUCUAUUUUGCGAGGAAUAUUUGCCAGAUUUGGACCGCCAGUUACAUUGGUCAGCGACAACGUCCAACGGCCAGGCAGAGCGAUUUGUGGAUACCUUCAAGCGAUCACUGAAGAAAAUACGGGCGAGGAACGUGUCCCUUGAAGAGGCCCUGGACUUGUUUCUUCUCACGUAUCGCUCAACACCAAAUCCUGCUUUGGACCAGCGCACACCAGCCGAAGUGAUGUUUGGAAGAACGACCAGGACAAUUCAUCAUCUAUUGCGCCCUCCUGCAGCAUCGGAGUCUA